UCCUAGAUGAGGUCACACUAAAACAAAACACGUGUGGAGUGCGGUCCAGGUUUAUUAUUAUUCUCGUGCCGAUUUUGAAGCUCAUAUAAAUCACAAAGAAAAGGCGAAAAGUCGAAGCCAAGAUGACCACCUCGUUGGCCCAGCAGCUGCAGAAAUUGGCGGCGCCGCAGACGUCAGUGACUCUUGCGGACGCUCGCAGCCGGGCCUCCAUUCUUUUCGAUCCCAAAGAGGCGGCCACCAAGGAUAGGCGGGAGAUCUACCAAAUCGGAUUGACCGGGCUGCAGGAGCUGACAGACUUCAAUCCGGCCUUCAAGGAGUUCCAACUGACACUGUUCGACGAAGCCACCCUGACACUGGAGCGCUCCGUGGAGCUGCCGGAAGUGAACAAGCUGCUGGACGCAGCCAUUGCUAAGUUCCUGCGUUUGCUGUCUCCCUACCUGUUGCUGCGCCCCGCCCACAUGGCCUUCGAGUGGCUGCUGCGUCGCUUCCAGGUCCACGAGUACAACCGCGACCAGGUGAUGGCUCUGAUACUCCCCUACCACGAGACCAACACCUUUGUUCAGAUCCUGCAAACCAUGAGGCUACGCUCCUCGGAUGCCGAUUGGUUCUGGCUGCGGCCUCUGCAGCGCCCAGGAGUGUCUUUGGCCAAGACCGCCAUUGUCAAUCGGGCUGCCAGCAACCCGGCCUUUCUGCGCUUCAUCUGUCAGGGCACCCAAAAGGCCGUUAAAGAGCUGGGCCCCCGUGCCCACCAGCUGCAGGCUCAAAUUAACUUCUACGCCACCGUAGUGGUCGGGGCCCUACAGACUGCCAAUCCGCUGCAGGACUGGCACAUCACCACCAUUCUGGAGUCACUGCUGAGGGGCCUGGCAUCCGAUACUAUUGAUUUUAUGGCCGCUGCGUAUGUCAUCGUCGCUCAGCUCGUCUCGCGCACCAAGCUGCAGAGUAAAGUGUGUAACGCUCUGCUGGAGCGAGUAGCCAACUGUCCAUUUGAACGCCUGCACACCGAGUCCCUGCUCCUGCUCAUAUGCAUCUACGGCAAACAAAAGGCUGCCGUGCCUCACUUCAAGCCGGAAACCGUGCUCAAUCUGGUUGGCCAAAAGUGGCUCAUCUCGGCACUGGUCUCUCUGGCCAACGCCAAUGUCGCCAUUCAGUCCAUUUGCAUGCCCUUAGUUACGUGCGCCGUGGCCGCCAUUCGAGAGGAUGUCGCCGUCUCCAGCUCUUACAAACAAUUCUUGGACAAUCUUCUGUCCGAAGUGCCUAUGACUACGCCGUGCGCUCAGAAACUGAUUGACUGCUUUUUGGAUACUUUUGUGGAGACAAAGCCUGAGGCCGUCGAGCCCAUGGACACCGAUGAAGACACUAUUGUCAUUGAUUCAGACGAUGAUGAGGCAGCAACGGAGAAGACCAGCUUUGAAACCUGGUAUGCCGGCUAUCUGGGAAAGUUGGAGAAACGCUAUCCAGAGGCCUUUGACCUGAGUGUUAAGGAAGCCCUAAGGGCCAAGUCGACCACUACCAAUCGCCAGAAGGCCUUGAAGUUGGCCUUGGGUUUCCGCCUCAACACUUCGGAUGACAAGGCGAAGCGGGCCUAUGAGAAGCUCUACCACUAUAGCGCCGACUGGCGUCUGAGUGCGGUUCAGCAGCUGCUGCACAACCUUAAAAUCAGUAAAAAGCGAGAGCGCAGUGUAAAGCUGCUUAAGGAAUGCCUGCCGGACAGAAUCAACGAUGACAGUGGAGCUGUGGUCUCCGCCAUACUUUCAUUGACCACGGCUGAGCUGGCCGAAAUGUUGGGUCAGCAAAGCCUAACCCAGACCCUUUGCCACCUGGUGCACCGAGCCCAAUCAGAAAAGGAUGAAGAAUGGCAGCCUGUGUUGGUGCCGGCGGUGCGUCAUUUGACCACCGCCACUGGGAGUGGCAACUACGAUGAAAAUAUGGUACUGCUGGCCCUGAUGCCGCUGCUCUUCCCUGGCGGUGCUUUGACAGAACACGAGCACGCUGCUCUGGUAAUUUUGAUGGGCAGUGAAUUUGCCGGAAGAGUUCCGUUCCUAAAAGAACUAAAGGUGAGCAGCGAAUUCAAGGAUUUCAGGCCUAGCGAGCAUCGGCAGCACUUUUUGGACGUGAUAGCUGGCAGCAGCCAUGAGCUGAUCAGCCAGGAAAGAGCUCUGUUGCAAAGCGUUGAGGAGCACGGAGGUAAGAAUUACCUGGAGAAGCCAGCCCAGCUAACACACCUGCUCCUCCUGUUGACCGCUUACGCCAAACGGAAACUACAACCAUCGGAGAGCUUGCACGUUCUGGAUAAGAUCGAGCUGUACAGUCGCCGUAUCCAGUUCCGUGCUGCCAAGGCUAAUCGUAACUCCCAAGACUUUGUUCCUCUCCAAUUAUACGUUGAUUUUCUGCUGACCUUGGUCAAGAACACGAAAUGGACAUCACUGAAAUCGACGCCCUGGAAUCAGCUUAACGAUGAGUUACGCCUGUGUCUCCGCCUGCUGGAGAUAAUAUGUGGCCAAGUGUUCUCGGACCGUGUGGAUCCCCUAGAGCGUCAGGAGUGGACGCGUGCACUACAACAAAGCUUUCAGAUGAUGUUACCCGAGGCGCAGGACAGGCUGGAACUGCUCUCCAACUUUUAUGUGUUCGAACGCUUGCCGGAACUAUGGCCUAGAGACUCGGACUAUGCCGUGUUCCGCUUACAGGGUUUCCUGCUCCUUGAGGCGGUGCUGUCCAACCCGAAGUCUCAGCUUGAUUGCACCCUAGUGCAUGUGCUACGAGUGGCGAACGCCUGCAGCUCCCAACUACAGACACUGCGGGUGCAGGCCAUCAACACUCUUCAGCUAAUCGGCAGUCGCUGCAAGCUGGUUACCCAUGUGGAGCAGCUGGUGCGAUCGUUGUUGCAGAGAAAGAGCGAGUUGAGCAUGGACCACGAGCAGUAUGCACUAAUUCUGUUCACCAUCAUGGAGCCGGAGAGGGCCACGGCCAAGGAGCAGCUUGUGCUGUCCAAGCUGAGGAGAGCGGUUCUGGCCUUGGCUUGCGAUCCCCAGCAGCCUGCCAUCUGUACGGCGGCUCUGUUGACGGCUCUUAAGCAUGUUAACGACAAGCAUUUCCUCGGAGAACUGCUGCCCCUGGGACUCGACGCUCUAAAGAAGAUAACCGACGGUGACGGUGAUGGCAGUCGGCACCUGAAGCAGCUACCGUGGCCCCACAGCGAGAUCUACAAGUCGGUGAUGGAGAGGUUUGAAGGGCAAACAGCAGUACAUGUCUUGCUCCAAAAGCCCCAGGCUUGGGAGCUUUUCGAGGCGACAUUCGCCCGCCAGGAUGUCUAUAUCCAGGUUGAACAGAAACUCCAGCCCUUGCCCUGCGUCCUGCUCAACAGCCUUUCGCCGGAGACUUUCGAGCGUCUGCAGGCGGCGCAGAAGGUGGCCCUGAUCAAGCUCAUAGUGGAGGCGGCGACCCGUUCAGACAACGAUACCAUAUUCCUGGCCAGCCAUCGACUGCUGAAGCGCUGCAGCUUGGAAUGCCAACCCCUGGCACCAAUGCUGGCGAAGAUGAUGACCUUCAAGCGGAAGUCGUUGCCGGAGAGCCCGAAUGUAGGCGCCAAGCGACGCAACGCAGCGACUGGCACUCAACAACUGGAUCUAACCAGUGAAUCCUGGAAGCAGGGAAUGACUCUUCUAGAGCUGCUGGAGCACAAGAAACUUCUGAUUGGAUCGGAGCUGCUGAUUUCCCCGCUCUUCGAACUCCUUAAGGAGUGCCUUGCGAUGGAAGAGCACAGUGCCGCCGAGUACCCCAAGCAACUCAUCCUCGCCAGCCUCUUGCACUGCUGUCAAACAGCCCAGUUGGCUGGAGUGCAGUUGACUAAGGCCCUGCCGGAGUCCUGUUUCCGCAUCGAGUUGGUAGUUCAAUGCCUACGGCAUACGCGGAACCCCCAGACCCAGCAGCACGCCCUGCUCUUCCUUGCCCAGUGCGCCUCCAUGUACCCGCAACAGGUGCUGCACAACAUCGUCGAGAUCUUCACAUUCGUCGGCUCCACUGUGGCACAACACGAUGACGCCUUUAGCGUUCACAUCAUCCACAAAGUGGUGGAGUCAAUCAUACCUAUCCUGUUGCUGAAAACGGGCCAGAACGAGCUGGUCAUUCCCGUGCUCAAGGUCUUCGCUGAUAUCUGCACAGAUGUUCCACGGCAUCGUCGGCUUCCGCUUUAUGACACACUGUUCCAGGUCCUGGAGCCCAAGAAGCACCUCUGGCAAUUCCUGUGCAUCGUGGUCGACAACCAUGUGCUGCUGGAUCCGAAGAGCGCAACGGACCAAUCCCGGCUAGAGUUUGGCCGUGAGCUGGUGCUGAUGUUCGAGGAUCCGGCGGUGGGCCUGGAAACAUGCAUCCGGCUGCUGGAUUACUUAACCAAGCUGCCGGCAAACAACAACAACAGCCAAUCGUCGCCAUCAACGGGAUCCACCUCCUUAAUUAUAUCCACGGAACAACAGCUCUUCGAUGUGCGUUCCCGGUCCUUCAAGCAACUGCGCCACUACAAGUACCUCAUCAUGGUCUUUCUUUCCGGAAUCAGUAGUUGCAACGAGUGGCAGCAGAAGAUGAAGCGGCCCGAUCCCACAGAGCUGCUGACAUACUACCAGGAAUUCAUCCUCAAGACCCUAGCCAACAUUAGUGUGAUAAACGCAGCCUUGGAAGCUGUUUCGGGUACGCCCUCAUUAGAAAAGUACUGGAGUGUGAUGGCGAACCAUACCCAUGAUGUGCUGGAUAACGCCAUUGGACUGCUGGCGCCGGAACAUUUCCUCAACGUGAUCACUGAGCUAUUGCAGCACGACCUUAUCCAUGUCCGCACCAAGGUGCUGGAACUGCUGGUGGCCAAGCUGGAUCAUCCCACCACCGACUACUUCCAGUACACGCCCGCCGAACACAUUUCAGUCCUCUUGCCUCCGCUGCAGGCGAUCAUAGACGGCAUUCUAGAGGGAGGUGCCGGCAGCGCUCAGCUCGCACAACUGCAGCAGACGGCCCUGCAUGCCAUGCAACUGCUGGCACAACGCCACGGCCGAGACUUUAUUGAGGAGUGUCGAUCGCUUCUGGCCACUCUCACAAGGAUUACCAAACGCCGUGCGAAUGUUCCUAAGGCGGUAGUGGGCAAUGUUGUGCUCACCCUCGUUGAGAUUUGUGCUAGCCUUAAGGCACAUGCGCUGGCCCAGCUUCCGAAGUUCGCGCCCCAGCUGACGGAGAUGCUCAAGGAACAAGUCCACCAAAUGACGACUCUGAAGCAAGGUCCCGAUUAUGUCUGUUCCACCCUUGUCACCGCCUUGCACAAGCUAUUCAAGGCUCUGCCUGCGUUUCUGGGUCCCUACUUGGUGGACAUUAUCGCUGCCCUGGUACGUCUAUCCGUCCAGCUGGAAAGCCCCUUGCUGCUGCAGGACAAACGCACGCAGGCGAUGAAGCUACGCCUGGUUGACGUCUGGGCGGCUGUUGCGCAGGGCGUGCAGGUGCGCAUUCUAGUGCCUAGUUUCACCAAGACUUACAGCUGCCUGCUGGAGCAGCAGGCCUAUGACGAGCUGGGUCAGCUGAUGCAGCAGCUCCUUCUGCAGGCCAUCAGGCACAAUACGGCUGCACAACUGCAGCCAGUGCAGGAGGCGCUCAGUGAACUGUUCUUGCAGGCUCUCGCAUUCCGACUGCAGGUGCGUGGCCGCGGCCUAGAUAGGCAGCAGGUUUCCGAUGUGGAAGCCGCCAUUACGGAAACCUUUGUGACGUGGAUCCUUAAGUUAUCGGAGACCAGCUUCCGACCCAUGUAUGCCCGUGUGCACAGGUGGGCGAUGGAGAGCAGCGCUAAGGAAACGCGCCUCACCUACUUCCUGCUGACCAACCGCAUAGCCGAGGCUCUGAAAUCACUGUUUGUCCUCUUUGCCAGCGAGUUUGUUGACGACUCCUCGCGGUUGCUGGCCGAGCACAAUUCGAUAAGUCCCGAUUUCAAAGCUGGAGACUCAGAGGACGAUGUGGAGCUAUUAAUGGCCAUUUUGAGCACCCUUCAUCAUGUUUUCUUGCACUGCAGCGAGGACUUUAUUAACGAGCAUAGAUUUAAUGCGCUGAUGACGCCGCUGGUAGAUCAGCUGGAGAACGAACUGGUGCUGAACCAUGAGCCUCUCCACCAGGUGCUCAGCAGCAGCAUUGCCCAGCUGGCGGUGGCCAGCAACGAUGUUAUGUGGAAGCAGCUCAAUAGCCAGGUCUUACUGAAAACACGCACUCCCACACCCGAGGUGCGUAUUCUGGCCUUCAACACCUGCGUGGCCAUCGCCCGCAAGUUGGGCGAAAGUUAUGCCACUUUGCUCCCGGAAACUGUGCCUUUCAUCGCCGAACUGCUGGAGGAUGAGCACCAGCGCGUCGAAAAGAACACACGUUCGGCAGUGCAAGAGCUGGAGACCAUUCUGGGUGAACCUGUGCAAAAAUAUUUGUAAUAACCGCAAACUGAGAAGUUUGUUUUUCAAACUGUAUAAAGUUAAAGAAUUCAAUAUAUUUUUAUUUUGGACAUCAA